CUUCUGUAUAAUAAAAUAAUAAUAGAAAAGAAAAGAAAUGAGUCUAGUGUGUUCGAAUUUUGGUUUCUCUUGCUUCUACUAAAUUCUACAGUCACCAUAACCAACCACCUUUGGCUCCUCGCACACGGCGCCGAACGACGGCGAAUUUCACGAUGAAGAAAAGCUGCACUACUUCCGAGCUCUGGAUAGGAUUUCUAGUUCUUUUUUUCUGUGCAUUCAACUUAUUGGGAAACGUGUCAGCAUCAAUUCACGAAUACAAAGAUGAGCAAUUUGUUCGAAAGUUCAAUGCUUUCUUCUUCCAUGGUGGAACUGAGGGUCUCUAUGCUUCUAAAUCUUCAUCUAUUGCUUACCCACAUAAACCCCUUGAAGGAAAAUCAUUUAUCAGGUAUGCUUCCUCCAAGCAUUCCCACAUUUCUUUAGCAGUUGAAUAUCCCACAAUGAGAUUUGAAGAUGUUGUCUUUUUGAGGACGGAGGAGUCUGCUUAUGCAAAAAAUGAAAUGCAGAGUCGAACUGGACUGAUUGAAACUAUCAUUCUUGAGGUCAGAGACAGGGAAAGGAUCGGAGAUGCUUUUGCAAAGUCUAAUGCUCUAUGUUGUACUCCAAAACUUGCUCAAGAGAAGUUCUGCACUGUGGGUGAGGUUAUAAUUCAGCGCAACCAAGAUAACCCACUUUGGCCACUACGCAUUCAGACAUUUUUUGAAGGAAAGAAUCAGGAGGCAAAUAUGCUUCCUGCAACAGUUGAAAUAAACAGUACUGGCAUGUAUUAUCUCUAUUUCAUGUUUUGUGACCCAGAACUUAAGGGAACGAUAGUCAGAGGCAGAACAGUAUGGAAAAACCCAGAUGGCUAUUUACCAGGGAGAAUGGUACCAUUGAUGACCUUCUAUGGACUUGCUUCUUUAGCCUAUCUUGUACUUGGUCUAUUUUGGUUUCUAAGGUUUGUUCAGUUCUGGAAGGAUGUCAUACAGCUACAUUAUCAGAUUACUGCUGUUAUUGCCCUUGGCAUGUCUGAAAUGGCGCUCUGGUAUUUUGAAUAUGCAAAUCUUAAUGCCACUGGAAGCAGACCUAUGGUAAUUACGAUAUGGGCAGUCACAAUGACUUCUGUAAAGAAGGCGUUGUCUCGUGUUCUUCUUUUAGUCGUUUCAAUGGGUUAUGGUGUUGUUCGGCCUACUCUUGGUGGUGUAACCUCAAAAGUGUUUCUGUUAGCCCUUAUGUAUCUUAUUGCUACCGAGGCACUUGAACUUGUGGAGCACUUGGGCAGCAUCAAUGACUUCUCAAGGAAAACCAAGAUAUAUUUGGUGCUACCUGUUGUUUUCUUGGAUGCAUCAUUUAUUUUGUGGAUAUUUUCAUCAUUAUCCAAGACGCUAGAAAAGUUACAGAUGCGGAAAAGCAUGGUAAAACUUGAUCUUUAUAGAAAGUUUACUAAUUCCCUUGCAAUUUUUGUGCUGCUUUCCAUUGCUUGGGUUGGCUAUGAGCUGUAUUUCAAUGCAAGUGACCCAUUAAGUGAGCUAUGGCGAAUUUCCUGGAUUAUUCCAGCUUUCUGGAGUUUGCUUGCCUUUUCGUUGUUGGUAGUAGUAUGUAUUCUCUGGGUUCCUUCAAGUAACCCAACCAGCUACGCAUAUUCUGGUGAGACCGGAGAUGAUUAUGACGAGGAAGCUAUCUCCCUCACAACUGGAGUGUGGGUAAUUAGUGACACAGGGACCAAGCUCGAAAGGAAAGAAAAGAAAGGAUCUGUGUCAACAGAUUAUGUAACUGACCAAAGAGAAGAUCCUGAGGAGGACAAGCGCCUGUAAUGUCAUUCCUGCCUCUCAGGAACAGUAAUUGGCUGGUACUUUCAGUAUUGAUGUUCUUCCAUCACUUGUAUGACAUGUACAAAAUUAACGCUUAGUUCCUAGAGGUAUGUCAAACAUGUCGUGACUUGCGACAGGUGUACUUAAAACUUGUACAUAGUGAAAUAACGUAAUGUUGGGCUGCCGCUGAAUA